AUGGCUGAAUGUUUAUAAGAAUCUGCUUAAAAAAUAUCAGAAGAAAUAUAAGAAAAUAAAUAGAAUUUUGAAGAAAAUUAUUCUAAUAAUUAAAAUUCAAUAAAAAUAAAAUUAAAAUAAAAUAAGUUAAUAAAAAUAAAAAAUGAAGCUUUAUAAAAUGAAGAAAAGUGGGUUUAAGAGCUCAAUGACGAUUCUCUUAAGGAAAAUUAUGGAGACUAUUAACUUGUCUAGAGCUUAUAAUAAACAAACAAGAAAUGGAUUUAAAUUAAGGAUAUUGAUGAUUCUUUUUUAGGAAAGAAUAUCUUGAUUAGAGGGAGGUUGCAUAAUCUAAGGAUUAUUGGAAAUUGUGCGUUUUUAAUUGUAAGACAACAAUCUUAAAAUAUUUAAGUUGUUGCACAAAAGCAAGCUGAUAUAACUUCUAAAACUAUGAUUAAAUGGAUUAAAAAGAUACACCUUGAGUCAAUAAUAGAUAUUCAUGGAAUAGUUUAAAAACCUAAUAUUCCUAUCAAUUGUGCUUCAUCUUAAUAUGAAAUUUGUUUGAAAAAAAUAUUUGUAGUAUCUAGGAGUAGUUCUCUUAAUUAUGGAGUAGCAGAUAUUUAAAGAAUAAAAAAAAAAAGUUUAAAAGAAAUUAGUGAUGAAAAUGAAGAAAUAGAUUUAGAAGAUAGAAAAGCAAUAAAUAAUUCGUUUUUAUUUAAUACCAUCAAUAAAGUUAUUGAUUUAAGAACCUCUGCUUAGCAAGCUAUAUUCAGGCUGAAGUCAAGUAUUUGCCAGAUGUUUAGAGAAAAUUUAUUGCUUUAAGGGUUUAUAGAAAUUCAUACUCCUAAAAUAAUUUAGAGCUUUAAAAAAGAAUAUUCUGAUAGCUUUUCUCUUGAUUAUUUUGGUAUAGAUGCUUAACUAAGUAAUUUUCCAAAGUUUUAUUCAUAAAUGGCUAUUUAAUCUGAUUUUGAAAGAGUCUUUGAAAUAGGUCCUAUUUAUAGGAAACUUCAUGGUAGAACUCAUCACACUCUAUGUGAAUUUAUUGGAAUGAAUCUUGAAAUGGAAAUCAAAGAAAGCUACUAAGAGGUUAUUGAUAUCGUAACAGACUUACUUUUUAGUAUAUUUUUAAGUUUAGAAAUGAUGUUUUAAUAAGAGCUACAAAUUGUUAAAGAAUAUUUUCCUUCUUAAACGCUUAAAAUAAAAAAACCUGUUCUGUAAAUUUCAUUUUAGGAAGCUUGUAGUUUAUUAGGUGAAGUCUAAAAUUAGAUGGAUUAUUUAGAUAAUAUAAAUUAAGUAAAAUUAAGUAAAAUAAUAAGUUAAAAGUAUGAUACAGAUUUCUAUAUAAUCACUCAAUUUCCAUCUAUUUCAAGUAAUUUUAUGGAUAUAGUUUGUGAUGAAGAGCCUAAUUAUACAUAUUCUUACAAAUUCUUUUUAAGAAACGGAGAAAUAGCAUCUGGAUCACAAAGAAAUCAUGAUCCUUUAUCUUUAGAAAAAAGAGCUUUACAAUAUGGAAUUGAUAUUAAUUCAAUAAAAAAAUAUAUUGAUGUAAUUUCUUAUGGUGCUUAUCCGCAUGGAGGCUGCUGUAUUGGUUUGGAAAGAUUAAUUUUGUAUUACUUAGAUUUAUAGAACAUAAGAAAAGCAUCUUUAUUUUCUCGAGAUAGCAAAACAAUAAAUCCAUGA